UCGGCGCUGACGUUACGGAACACGCCAGGCUCGCGCCGUCUGGCUUGCAAGCGAGGCUUUAGGGUCAUGGCGGCAUCCUCGGUGGAGGCUUUGGCGCCCUUGGUGACGGAGCUGUAUGAAGCGCAGGCGUUCAAAUUCGGAGACUUCGUGCUCAAGAGCGGGCUCUCGUCCCCGGUCUACGUGGACCUACGUGGCAUUAUCUCCAAACCGUCGCUUCUCAAACAGGUUGCAGAUAUCUUGUUUGAAACUGCUCGAAAUGCGGGGAUCAGUUUUGACACCGUGUGUGGCGUGCCCUAUACAGCCUUGCCUUUAGCAACAAUCAUCUGCUCAGCCAACCAAAUUCCAAUGCUCAUUCGAAGGAAGGAGACAAAAGAUUAUGGUACUAAACGUCUUGUAGAAGGAAGUAUUAAUCCAGGAGAAACCUGUUUGAUCAUUGAGGAUGUGGUGACCAGUGGUUCUAGCGUCUGGGAAACUGUUGAGGUCCUUCAGGGGGAAGGUUUGAAAGUCACAGAUGCCAUUGUGCUGCUGGACAGAGAGCAGGGAGGCAAAGCCAAGUUGCAAGAGCGGGGCAUUCGCUUACAUUCUGUGUGUACCUUGUCAAAGAUCCUGGAGAUUCUUGAGCAGCAAAAAAAGAUUGAUGCUGAGAUGGUUGGGAAAGUGAAGAAGUUUAUUCAGGAUAACAUCUUUGUAGUUGCACAGCAGAAUGGUACUGUACCUGCCAAGGAAACUCUCAAAGAACUUAGCUUUGGCAUGCGUGCCCAGCUCCCUGGGACCCAUCCUAUUGCCUCUAAACUUCUCAGGCUUAUGGAAAAGAAGCAGACCAACUUGUGUCUUUCUGCUGAUAUUACUGAGGCCAAAGAGCUGUUGCAGCUGGCAGUCACUCUUGGUCCCAGCAUCUGUAUGCUCAAGACCCAUGUAGACAUUCUGAAUGACUUCAGUCUGGAGAUCAUGGAGGAGUUGAAAGCUCUGGCAGAAUUCCAUGAAUUCUUAAUAUUUGAAGACCGAAAAUUUGCUGAUAUAGGAAACACAGUGAAAAAACAAUAUGAAGGUGGUGUUUUCAAAAUAGCUUCCUGGGCAGAUAUAGUAAAUGCCCAUGUGGUGCCAGGCUCAGGAGUUGUAAAAGGCCUGAGUGAAGUGGGGAUGCCAGUGCACCGCGGCUGCCUCCUCAUUGCAGAAAUGAGCUCCUCUGGAUCUUUGGCCACAGGUGACUACACAAAAGCAGCUGUGAAAAUGGCUGAAGAACAUUCAGAGUUUGUAAUUGGUUUUAUUUCUGGUUCAAGAGUGAGCAAGAAACCAGAAUUUGUCCACUUGACUCCAGGUAUCCAAAUACAAGCUGGAGGGGAUAAUCUUGGCCAACAGUAUAACAGCCCACAAGAAGCUAUUGGCAAACGAGGUUCUGAUGUCAUCAUUGUGGGCCGUGGCAUAUUAACAGCCUCCAAUCGUCUAGAAGCCGCUGAAAUGUACAGAAAAGCUGCUUGGGAAGCCUACUUGACUAGACUUGGUGUUUGAGUCUCUGAAAAACACUUUUAUUUCUUAAAACAUUUCUACUCAAGUUCUUUUACCUCACAUUGACCGUACCACAAAAUCAAAGUUGCAAAGACUAGGGAAGCUGCCAGGCACUUCAGUAUUUAAUGACUCAGAGACACUGCAUGGUUAAUAAAUGCUUUCUAAAAUGUGGUUUUCUUGUGACUGACCUUUUCUAGGGUGGCCACAGAAUCUGUUUUAUUAACAAAGAAGUUAUAUUCCUAAAUAUAACAGCCUAAUAUAUCUCCCUAAAAUAAUAAUGAUCUCCCUAAAUAUAAAUAAGAUUGUCGUCAUCAUAACCUUUUAUACUUGAAUAAUGUGUACUUUUGUAGUAGAGGUGUUUUGAUUUAUUUCCCUUGAAAAACAUUAAUGUUUUGUUGAUGCUUUUUUUAUAUACAUAAAGGACACUUCUCAAUCACCUCCCUUGUCAUAAAGAAUUAUAGUUAAAACAAACUGCACUGACAAUUUCACACUUCAGUGCUACCACUCACUACUAAGGAAAAAGGUACGUUUCACUGUCAGUUGUCUGGAGUCAGGGUAGGUCAUUUUAUUGAGCAGAGUUUCAAUGCCUUUCAUUAUUAUUUUCCUUCAUGUUACUAUCGUUGUAUAAAUUAUGCUUUUUGCCAUAUGUACUCUGCAUUCAUUCUCAUCAGUCUUCCAUCUGUAGGACCCCUUCCUCUAUCUUUGGACUUAGGUUGUAUGCCCAAUAGUGGUAUCCUUGGGUCAGAGAAUGUGAACAAUUAAGUGACUUUGAAGAGUCACCCUUUUCUUCAAAUAUGUGAUGAAGUAACAGCUUGUUAGUAGCAGUGGAUUAAAGUACAAUGUGAUGAUUUUCUUUCUUGACCCUGGGAUGGGAGGGCACUUUUCCUCUCCUAUUUUAUAAUCAUCCUUUUCUUAAAAGGUAUUGAGGCAUUCCUCAAAGGCAUCCACAAGGAGCCUGGGACUCUGAGAUGACUGACUAGUGGAUUACAAAUGUAACUUUAUUCAGCUGAAGCAACUCGAGGAGUUCUCAGUGUCUGUCUUUGUUGAAUACCCUCUGCCAUGGCUAAAUAAAUCUUUUUUGCCAACUGUC